GAGGAGGAGAAAGGGGCUGGGGCUCCUGUAGGGCCGGGGCCGGGGCCGGAACCUGGCCUCUACGGUUACAUCAGGGAAGACCUUUUCACAUCUGAGAUCUUCAAGCUGGAGCUGCAGAAUGUGCCUCGCCAUGCCAGUUUCAGCGACGUCCGCCGUUUCCUGGGCCGCUUUGGCCUUCAGCCCCAUAAGACCAAGCUCUUCGGCCAGCCACCUUGCGCCUUUGUGACAUUCCGUAGCGCGGCUGAGCGGGACAAAGCACUGCGAGUGCUACAUGGAGCCUUAUGGAAGGGCCGCCCGCUCAGUGUGCGCCUGGCAAGGCCCAAAGCCGAUCCCAUGGCCAAGAAGCGGCGGCGCGAGGCUGAGGGUGAGCCGCCACCGGUCACGCACGUCGCUGACGUGGUGACCCCUCUUUGGACCGUGCCUUAUGCUGAGCAGCUGGAGCAGAAGCGGCUGGAGUGUGAGCAGGUGCUGCAAAGGCUCGCCAAGGAAAUUGGGAGCACUAACCGCGCCCUGUUGCCGUGGCUGCUCACACAAAGGCACAAGCACAACAAGGCCUGCUGCCCACUGGAGGGGGUCAGACCGUCACCCCUACAGACGGAGUAUCGUAACAAGUGUGAGUUUUUGGUUGGCACCGGCGUAGAUGGGGAGGACAAUACCGUUGGCUGCCGACUGGGCAGGUACAAAGGCGGGACGUGUGCCGUGGCAGCCCCCUUUGACACCGUGCACAUCCCCGAGGCCACUAAGCAGGUGGUUAGGGCCUUCCAGGAGUUCAUACGGUCCACCCCAUAUUCUGCAUAUGACCCAGAGACGUAUGAGGGCUACUGGAAGCAGCUCACUGUACGCACCAGCCGCCGUGGCCAGGCCAUGGCCAUUGCUUACUUCCACCCCCAGAAACUGAGCCAAGAGGAGCUGGCGGGGCUCAAGACCUCCCUCGCACAGCAUUUCACAGAAGGGCCGGGAAAGACUAGCGGCGUCACCUGUCUGUACUUUGUGGAGGAGGGACAGAGGAAGACUCCCAGCCAGGACAGCCUGCCACUGGAACAUGUGGCUGGGGACCGGUGCAUCCAUGAGGACCUGCUGGGCUUGACCUUCCGGAUCUCACCUCAUGCCUUCUUCCAGGUGAACACCCCAGCAGCUGAGGUGCUCUACACUGUCAUCCAAGAUUGGGCCCAGCUAGACGCAGAGAGCACGGUGCUGGACGUAUGCUGUGGUACCGGUACCAUUGGCCUGGCCCUGGCCCGGAAGGUGAAGAAGGUUGUUGGGAUUGAGCUCUGUCAGGAGGCUGUGGAGGAUGCCCGGGUCAAUGCCCGCAUGAAUGAGCUGAGCAAUAUAGAGUUCCAUUGUGGGAGGGCAGAGGAUCUGGUACCCAGUCUGGUGAGCAGACUGGCCUCCCAACAGCUUGUGGCCAUCCUGGACCCCCCUCGUGCUGGUCUACAUUCCAAGGUGAUCCUGGCCAUCCGCAGAGCAGCAAACCUGAAGCGGCUUCUGUAUGUCUCCUGCAACCCCCGGGCAGCCAUGGGCAACUUUGUGGACCUCUGCAGGGCCCCUUCCAACCGCGUGAAAGGCAGCCCAUUCCGGCCAGUCAAGGCAGUGGCCGUCGACCUGUUUCCACAGACCCCACACUGUGAGAUGCUCAUCUUGUUUGAGAGGGUGGAGCAACCCAAUGGUGCAGAGGCUCUGGAUCCUCCAACCCUGCCCCUAUCCUCCCCACCACCCCCAGGUUUCCCAGAUGGCACAACCAAGGAAACUGGGCCCCCCACUUCAUAG